UAGAUAUCGCCCAUUCCUAGUUAGAACAACUUUAAUCUACUGAGGAGAGCGUUUGUCAUUAUUUUCUCCCGCGUGAAUUGGCUCUAAAAUAAGGUUAUUUGAUGAGUAGCGAAAAAGUUCAUGAACAAGGUUAAUUUUAACAAUUAAAAUACAAUCAUUCACAAUAUUAUAUCCAUAUUGACAAUGUUAAAAUUGUAACUCUUAUAUAAUUAAAUUAAUGUGUAUGUAUUAAAAAUAGCUAAUUAUAAUUAUUUAUUAUCGCGCUGCAAUCGUAUAUACCAGUAUAUAAGUAAUGUCGCAGCCGUCAGUAACGGCAUAUUUUAACUCGCGAAAACGACAAGCAACUGAUGACUUGAAAAACAAGGCAAAAGUUCUCAUCAUAGAUCGUGAUAGAAUGAAAAUUACACGAACAACUGAUAAAAUUGAUGUGAAUAUCAAAUUGGGUAAUGAACCUCAGACAGAUUUUGUUGAUCAAAUACAAGAAUGUGCUUGUAAACAGGUGUAUGUUUGUAUCAAUGAGAAUAAAAACGAUGGUACAGAAAAAAUUAAUUCAGCAGUACGUAGUAUUCAAUUCGAUGGAGCAACGGUUUUACCAAAAACGCGACGUGUUUCUCGUACUCGUGUCAAAAGUAAAAAACCUAUUGUUUCGGAAGGUGAAAUCGAUAUAAUGAAAACUUUCUUGACGAUUACUAAUGACAAACAAAAUGUUGUUUUUAAAAAAAAAGGGUUACUUAGCCCAAAAAAAAAUUUGACACCUAAAGAUCCUGUUGACAAAAUUGACAGCAAUCGGGAAAAUUCUGAACAACAGGUUACUGUUGAAGGUAUCGUGCCGAAAACAACUUCAUUGACGGAUCGAGCAGCACAUCAAAAUUUAACUCUUGAUGAAAUUAAAAAUCGUAUCAGUAAAUCAUCCAGAUUGGCUGAAUUGAAGAAACGCAUUGAUAAUAUUAACAAGUGCGAAAAAAAGCUGUCUAACUUGCUGAAUUCGGAUGAGCCAUUACCACAGAUAAAAAAAUUCGAAAAGAUUCAGUUGGAAGUUCCUAUCAGCCCACAAAAAAGUUUAAAAUCACCAUCAAAAACUCCUGUUAAAAAGAUUGAGUUAUCAUCAACUGCUAGCCCUCAACGACGGCUUCUUUUUUCACCGAAAGAGUCAACAUCGAGUCCAGUUAAAUGCAGUCCUACUAAAGCUCCUGCUUAUCAGAGAUAUCAGUCUAUUGGUCAAAGUGGAACCCCGGCUCUGCCUUUGCCAUUUAAAUACAGAUUUUUAGCUGAAACUUUUCGUUGCGUAGAUACGGUAGCAGCGAUGCUAUUCAAUCGAAAAGAAACUAUUACGUUCAGAAAACUCAAACCAGCUGUUCAGGAACUUCUCCGCCAUAAUUUUAGUCUGGAGCAUUUAUCUCAGAUAAAAAGUAUUUAUCCUGAUGCUUUUAGUUUUAGUCAAGAAAAAAUACGAAAUUUCGGAUCUACAUCAAAGCAAGAAAAACAUGAAUUGGUAAUAACACCAAUCAUUGAGAAUAUAACUAAAGACAACAACGGCAGGAAUAGUCCUAAUGGUGAUAAUAUUUUAAAGAUGGCAUCUGAUGUAAGUAUGGGACCAAGCGUUCUUUUAGAACGACGCAGGAAGUUAUAUAAUGCACUUUUAGAGAGGACUAAAACGCAUCAUGAAAUGUUUUUGAUGAGUUUAGAGAACCCACUUAUCAUUCCAAAAGAGAAAAUAACUCGCUGGCAUCCUGAAUUCAAUGUGGAGAAUUGUUCAAAUAUCGAGUUGGCAGAAUUACCUCAACCACCUACCACUGAAAAAGCAUCAUCUGCUAAAGACGUCCUUGAGAGGGCCAAGACUUUAUUCAAUUGCAAUACACGAAUGGAAAAAGCUUUACAACGUCUAGCUGAUGCAAAGAUGACGUCAAAAAGUGACUUGUCACUUAUAAAAUGUAAUGCCGAUCAACCUAAUACUUCAAGUCUAAUAACAGUCGAAGCUAAGACUCCGGAAACUGCAUCUAUUACUUCAUUAACAACUUCGAACGAUUUUACUAAUCCUGCAUUGAAAGGAAUUCCUAAAGCUCUUCUUGAACGGGUUCGUGCAAAACAAACUGCAAAAGCUUUAGAGGUAAUGACACGUACUUCAACCGAAGAAAAAGAAGCCAUAAUUUAUGCUAGACUUCCGGAGUUAGCAAAAAUUCUAAGAAAUAUUUUUGUUGCUGAAAAAAAAUGUGUACUUAUUCUGGAAUUUGUUAUCGAGAAGCUCGACAAUUCUUAUAGAACUAAACUAACAUCUGAAGAGUUAGAAGACCAUAUAAGACUCAUGUGUAAGUUACUUCCGACAUGGGCAACUAUUCAUCACGUUCGAAAGCAGGAUUAUCUUAAAAUUGCAAAAGACGUUGAUAUCGCUAGAGUUGUGAAAAAAUAUGAAAUAAUAGCUAAUGAUAAACUCAAAACGUAGUAGGUGAUCGGAACUAUCUAUUAAUUCCAUUCAAUUUUGCACACAAUUAUUAAACUAAUUGAUUUUCGAAGAAGUCUUUUUUUUUUUUUUUUUUUUUUCAAUUUUUUACUUAACAAAAUUUAGCUAUGUCAAUUAAAAAUUUAUCAUGUAAUUGUUUGAUGCCAAUAAUAAAUUUAAUGCAAAUAA